AUGGAAGCCAUCAUGAAGCAAGUCAAACACCAGUUCAGACAAAAAGAGGAACAAGAAGUAUCAUUAAUCAGACAGCUUGAAGUAGUCAAACGUGAAAAAGAGCAAUUACAACAAACAAUACAAAUUCUAUCAUCUUAUUCAGCAUCUAAAGAAGAAGCAGCCAGCAGCUCAACAACAAAGCAACCAAAAGAAGAAAUUCAAGAAAUAUCAUCCGAUGAAAGUCAACCACAAAUAGCACUCGAAACAGAAAAACAAACCAUGACGCCAAACCAGGAGGAGUAUCCACCACUACAAGCAGAUCAUAAAAAUAUAAAGAAAUGGUACGUAAUUUUCAACGGAGAAAACAAAGGAGUAUAUGACGAUUGGGGAAUCGCCAGUUCAUAUAUUCUUGGAAAAAAUAUCAUUCAUAAAAGUUACAGAAUGAAAAAUGAAGCAGAAACCGCAUACAACGAGGCAUACAAAGCAGUAAUAAAAGAUAACGUCGAAUGUUCAAAAACAGUUCUCCUAACACCACAAAAACAUAUAUCCAGCUUCACACCACAAAAACUUGUAUCCAUCCCAAGAUCCCUUAACUAA